AUGGAUAUUGAGUUUUGGUUUAUUUUUGCUGUAUUUAUAUUAGCAUUUGAUAUCGGAGCAAAUGAUAUAGCUAAUUCAUUUGGUACAAAUGUUGAAAGUAAAGUAUUAACAUUAAAACAAUCAUGUAUUCUAGCAACAAUAGUUGAAAUACUUGGAUCGAUCUUAAUUGAAGUGGCAGUGUCCAAUACAAUAAGGAAAGAUAUUAUUCCAACUUCAUUUGAAAAUCCUAAAUAA